AGUAUUGAUAAUGGAAUAUAUUUUUAUAAAUACAAGUCCAUCCGCGUUUUUGAAUCAGUCUGUGUUCGACACCCAUGCCCGUGCGUGGAAAUUUCGCUUUCUACUGAACCGUAUUUUUACAGUGUUUAUUUUACCAUUAUUUCGCACUCUGUGUUUUCCAAGUGUUUAAUUUUUAUACAUUAUAAUCAUGUUUAAAUGCGAACAGUGUUCUUCAACGUUCACGCGUAAGGGCAAUUUGAGAGUUCAUGAAAAAAAACAUAACGGGAUACGAUUUGCAUGCACUAUCUGUCCGUCGACAUUCGGCUACAAAACUAACCUCAAAAAACAUAUAAAGAAUAUUCAUGGUAUGAUUAACGUGCCCAAGCCUAUAUCCGCUCCAAGAGAUGUUGUAGACUUUUGUUCUGAUGAUGAUGAAAUUUGUAUGAAAGCAAUGGACGAUUUUGAAAAAAAUCAUGACUUAACAGAUAAUAUUACAAAUGGAUAUGUAACUGCGGACAUUAAUGGCAAACGUGUUUCCACCGCAAAUACUAUGUCUGCUGCUAGGGCAAAGAAGGCACGCAUGAGCCUAGUGCAGUCCCCCGGUUUCGUUAUUUUUGAAAAUAAAAACACACAUUUUAAAAUUCGCUAAAAUUUAUAAAGACGGAGCGAACGAAAAAUACUAAAAUUAAUUUUGAAAAUAAAAACAUACCUGGCGACCGGUCGGGCACAAUAAGCAGAUCGUAUCAGGGUUAGGUUUAAUGUACAUUUUUGUAUAUUAUUUCACCAAGUACACAACUAUACGUUGUGAGAAUAUUCAUAUGAUUAUGUUGCAUUUUUACAAGGUAUUGUGUGAAUAUCGAUAUUUAAUUGAAAACGUAUAAUGUUUGCAAGGCGCCAUAGUGGUAAAAUGUCUUUUAUUGUUAAGAUAGUGGCUAUUAAAAGUCUACGACAUCCUGGCGACACGAGCAGGUCGUACGAAUUUCUAAAUAGUCAUUUAUUUGAAUACGGUAGCACAUAAAAAUAUAAAAUAUAUGUUUAUGCAUGAUUAAAUUCAAAUGUAUGAUUGAUAACAAUAAUGACGGUAAAAUAUAAGCCGAGUACGUAUAUAAAAAUAAUAUAACUGAUAACAUGUAUGUCACGUGAUCGGCGGCGGCGGCGGCGGCUCAGGGUUUAGGGUUCAGGCUCCAGUACAUACCAUUUUAUCCUACUAACGAUCUUCACGGGACCUAGAGAAUCUAAUCGUUAUAUCCGGAUUAUAAAAAGUAAUUUAAUUUUUUUGAAAAAUUAAUUAAUUCAACACA